AUUUACCAUUUUUUGUAUUGUAUUGAAACUGAGCUUUUGAUGUCAAAAGUUUUGUUUCUUUAAUUCUGCAUUUAAAUGGUAGUGGAACAUAUUGUAGAAGGGGUGGAGUUAAAGGGACAUAAAAUACAACAAAAAUUAAAUCAAUUUCAUAUUCCAUCAUCUCCAGCACCACCCCCAACAUCAACAUAUGCGAAAAAGGUGCAUUUCUGUGUUUUGUAGUAAAAAAUAUAAAGAUCUGUUUUUCCAAUGACAUCAUCAACCAAUUAGUAGGUAAUAUCUACUCAAAAUGUGUCAAUCGCACGAUGCACACCAGUGUCGUCAUUGGAAACACGUAUCUUCCGCUAUCUUUUUUUUACUAUAAAACAUAGAAAUGCUCCAUUUUCCCUUAUGUUGAUUUUGGGGUGGUGCUGGAGAUGAUGAAUAUGACGUUGAGAAAAAGUUUUCCUUCAUGGGUUUAAGGGUACAGAAAAGCAGAACUUGGGCUAGGAUGGAACAUGCAAUGGUCCCAUAGGUGGAGGCAUGGGUCUUCGGUAAUACAUUUACAAUAAGAGUAAAUGUUCUAUGUUUAUUUGAAAAUGUAUUAAGUCUAUGCUGUAAUACACCUUGAGUAUUAUUGCCUCCAUCUGCUGGGACUGGGCAAUAAUCACAUUGGUUUUAAGAGCAUGGUGAUUUGCAGCCACUUUCAGCAUUUUUGUUAAGUGGAAAUUGGUAGGGUUUGUGGAAAGAAUAGCCUAAAUAUAUUGAGUGAUACUACCGGUACUACCAUUUUUAUGGCCGAAACAAAUAGUUCCAGUGCCUUCAGAAAGUAUUCAUACCCUUUGACUUAUUACAUAUUUUGUUGUGUUAAGACCUGAAUUCAAAAUGUAUGAAAUAGUUUUUUUCUCUCCCCCAUCUACACGCAAUACCACAUCAUAACAAAAUUAAAACAUGUAUUUAAAAAAUGUAGCAAAUUUCUUGAAAAUGAAUACAGAAAUAUUGAAUUUACAUAAGUUUUCACACUGCUGAGUUAAUACUUUCUAGAAGCACCUUUGGCAGUGAUUACAGCUGUGUAUGUCUGCUUUCCACACCUAUUUUAAGCACUGUCAAAUUGGUUGUUGAUCAUUGCAAGACAACCAUUUUUAGGUCUUGCCAUAGAUUUUCAAGGAGAUUUAAGUAAAAACUCAGCCACUUGAGAACAUUCACUGUCUUGUUAAGCAACUCCAGUGUAGAUUUGGCUUUGUGUUUUAGGUUAUUGUCCUGCUGAAAUGUGAAUUAAUCUCCCAGUGGAUGGUGGAAAGCAGACUUUGCCCAUCACAGCCAUUAAACUCUGUCUAAAUGUCACCAUUGGCCUCGUGGUGAAAUCCUUUGGCAGUUUCCUUACUCUCCGGCAACUGAGUUAGGAAGGAUACCUGUAUCUUUGUAGUGACUGGGUGUAUUGAAACACCAUCCAACGUGUAAUAACUUCACCAUGCUCAAAGGGAUAUUCAAUGUCUGCUUUUUUUAUUUCUAUGUCUGCCCUUCUUUAGGAGGCAUUUGAAAUCCUCCCUGGUCUUUGUGGUUGAAUCUGUGUUUGAAAUUCACUGCUCGACUGGGGGAUAUUACAGAUAAUUGUAUGUGCGCGGUAUCAUGUUAAACGCUAUUAUUGCACAAAGAGUGAGUCCAUGCAACUUAUUCUGUGACUUGUUAAGCAAAUUUUUACUUCUGAACUUAUUUAGGCUUGCCAUAACAGAGGUUGAAUACUUAUCGACUCAAGGCAUUUAUUAUUUAUUUUUUCUACUUUGACGUUAUGGGGUAUUGUGUGUAGGUUAGUGACAAAUCUCAAUUGAAUCAAUUUUAAAUUCAGGCUGUAACAUCUACUGUGUGAAUACUUUCUAAGGCAGUGUAUAAAAUUUGUUCAUAAUAUACACAAUUUUAUGUAUUGAAGUUCUCUAGCUUCAACCUAUCUGUACUCUGUUCCUCUGGAUGUCUCGGAACCAAACCUCCUCAGAGUAAUUAUACAUGAAGCCUUCAACCUUUUGUCCUCCAUCUCCCUUUGAAUAUUGAAUUGCAAUGCAUUUCGUUAGCCAGGGUAUUAUGCACAAACGGAGCAGGUGAUGACUCAAAAUUCAAGCAAGAAAUUAAUCUUGAAUCCCUGCCCUUCAAGUCAGCCAUUUUGGUGGUUAUAGCUGUCCUAUUGGCCAGCUGUCUUUUUCUAUUAGAAUGGAUGGGCUCCUAUUGAACAGGAUGUCUUAAUUACCACCUGGCGCUCAGCAUUUCAAGGUUAUCAGAUGUACUGUGCUGUUUACAGGUAUAAUAGUUUGUCACCAGGCAAUGCUUUACGAGGGCCAAUUUCCUGGACCCAGAUUAAGCAUACUCCUGAAUUAAAAAGACUCUCCAAUGAAAGUGCUUUUUAGUCCAGAAAUAGUCUUAACUUGACAUGUUGAUGACCAAAAGACACAUUAUGCAUUAAAGAGGCUUAACAACAGGGGUUAAAAGGUUUAUGUGAUAAAUGCCUCUUUCUGUGGCCAGGUGCCUUUCUCCCGUGAUAAAUCAGACUUCCUGAUUUAAAUGAUUUAUACCCUGGAUAAAGAGAUGCAGCAGUGCUCUCCUCCGUCCUCCCUGUAGGUGUAUCUGGGUUCUCUUCUUUAAGACCUGGCUACAUUUUAAACAAAUCAGCCUUGCGUGUUUAGACUAGAAUGCUAAUGGGGGUGUGGUAGAGGGAGAGACUGAGAGGGAGAUUCUAUCCAACAGUUCUACUGCUCCACAGCACAGGCCAAAAACAGAGGGAUUUCAUUCUCUCCCGCAGCGUUUGCUGUCCUGACGUUUAUUACACGGUUGUCUUUAGUUUCAUUACACUCAAAGCAGGGCAACUCGUUUUAUAUGAGAAAAAACUAGAUUACCUCCCUCUGGACAGACAGCAGGAUAUAAAAGGGCAGUUGUUUGAAAUGUGGACACAACUCACGGAUGGGACAAUUUACUCAGGCAUAUUUGCCAAUGUACAGUAGUCUACAGAAAGCUUUUAGGCCAUAUAAAUAAGUCUGGAGGGAGCAGAGUAAGAGCUGUGAACCUUUACAAAGCUGAAGAGAUUUACUGGACUGGGUUUCUUUGAGGCCUUUGUUUCUCCAGAUUCUGUGAGUGUUUUUAAGUGUGGUGAGAGGGCGCUCAAAGUGGCUGCAAAUCAUUCACUGCGGAUCCAAUCUUAGCAGGGCCUGUACGUUUAUCAUGUUUGCUACGCUUCCAAAAAUCUGCAUGAACAGCACAUCAUGAAAUGUGUUUCAAAAGAAUGCGUCAUAUUUAGAUUUUGUACUUGACAUCAUUUUGUAAUGAACUAAUUCUUCAGCAUUUCAAAUCCACUGUUCUGUUAUGUUUAUUCUUGUUUUAAAACUGAUUUUCAUUUGAUAUUACAUGGUUGUGAAAAUGGAACUAGUUAUUUUGGUUCUGUGGGAGGAAGCUUACAACUGCCAUGGAGAACAAAUUGCUGUCUUGCUGCCAUGGGGAACAAAUUGCUGUCUUGCAGGAUCGCAAUCGAACUAAAAUUAUUCCUGUCUCUCGAAUAAAACAUUUAAUUAUAAUCUAUUGGGUAAAAUAGCUGCACCCUACCAUCUGCAAUCAGGUGGAGGGUUUUUUGUCUGUUUGCUAGAUUGCUUCUGUUUGCAGAAAUCCAUACAAUGUGCUGUAUGUUUUGAAAGCAUUCCUGUUCAUCAGAGCAUAAAUAGAUGUAAAGCUUUAUCCAUUUCUUCUUUUUAUCAUGGCUACUCUUCAAUAAAUUCAAAUAGUUUAGCCACUAACAUUAAUUUGAGAAAAAUAAAAACCUAUUAAUUAAAGCAAAAUGAUGCUCCAUAUUGUUGCAGUCAGGGAUAGUUCCUACAUAUGAGUGCAUUUGGAAUGGGAGAAGUGAGAGGGCUUGAGGGUGGAAUGUAAAGUGACUGGAAUUUCUUCAUAGACAAUGCACCACAUUGGCUUGUAAUGAGUCAUAGAUAUCUGGCAUUCUUCCGAUUACCAACAAAAAGCUAUCUUAUUUUUCAGUCAAAAGCACUGAAGCUGCAGUUUUGAAUGAUGUGCCGCCUAGUUGCACCUCUUAUUUUUAAUUGUUUUUAUUGACAUGUUGAAUUCACAGUAUCAAUAAAGGUUUUACAAAUAAGGAUAGCUUGUCAGCCUCUCCUCUCCCUUUCUCCUGCAGCAGUCUUCAGGAUUUCACCUCCAUGCUCAGACCUUAUCCUAGGGCUAGCCUCUCCUCUCCCUUUCUCCUGCAGCAGUCUUCAGGAUUUCACCUCCAUGCUCAGACCUUAUCCCAGGGCUAGCCUCUCCUCUCCCUUUAUCCUGCAGCAGUCUUCAGGAUUUCACCUCCAUGCACAGACCUUAUCCCAGGGCUAGCCUCUCCUCUCCCUUUCUCCUGCAGCAGUCUUCAGGAUUUCACCUCCAUGCUCAGACCUUAUCCUAGGGCUAGCCUCUCCUCUCCCUUUCUCCUGCAGCAGUCUUCAGGAUUUCACCUCCAUGCACAGACCUUAUCCCAGGGCUAGCCUCUCCUCUCCCUUUCUCCUGCAGCAGUCUUCAGGAUUUCACCUCCAUGCACAGACCUUAUCCUAGGGCUAGCCUCUCCUCUCCCUUUCUCCUGCAGCAGUCUUCAGGAUUUCACCUCCAUGCUCAGACCUUAUCCCAGGGCUAGCCUCUCCUCUCCCUUUCUCCUGCUGCAGUCUUCAGCAUUUCACCUCCAUGCUCAGACCUUAUCCCAGGGCUAGCCUCUCCUCUCCCUUUCUCCUGCAGCAGUCUUCAGGAUUUCACCUCCAUGCUCAGACCUUAUCCCAGGGCUAGCCUCUCCUCUCCCUUUCUCCUGCAGCAGUCUUCAGGAUUUCACCUCCAUGCUCAGACCUUAUCCUAGGGCUAGCCUCUCCUCUCCCUUUCUCCUGCAGCAGUCUUCAGGAUUUCACCUCCAUGCUCAGACCUUAGCCCAGGGCUAGCCUCUCCUCUCCCUUUCUCCUGCAGCAGUCUUCAGGAUUUCACCUCCAUGCUCAGACCUUAGCCCAGGGCUAGCCUCUCCUCUCCCUUUCUCCUGCAGCAGUCUUCAGGAUUUCACCUCCAUGCUCAGACCUUAUCCUAGGGCUAGCCUCUCCUCUCCCUUUCUCCUGCAGCAGUCUUCAGGAUUUCACCUCCAUGCUCAGACCUUAUCCUAGGGCUAGCCUCUCCUCUCCCUUUCUCCUGCAGCAGUCUUCAGGAUUUCACCUCCAUGCUCAGACCUUAUCCUAGGGCUAGGCCCUUAGGCCACCAAGGCUUCCAUUUCUUCCAUCAUAUCAUCUUGAGUAGACAGUCGGGUAUUGCGUGUUUAUUUCUUACCAUGGGGUGUCAUAAGCUUUCUCCAACUCCCAUGUUUUUUGUUGCCCUUAUAUGCCAGUAGCCAAACUAUCCAGUUUGUUUUCACAGAAGUGGAAGAUGACAAUCUACCAUGCAGCAUUUGCCAUUUCACCUGCACUCUACUGUACCCUGCAUUGAGGACCUGAUAACUAGGAAUGCUUUUGAAAUGUACUCCACAUUUUCUGUCAUUUUCCUCAGGUGUUUUAGGAGGACAUUCAGAAAAACAUAUUGAGCAGGAAUAGAACGAGACCCUUGAAUGACGGUUCCAUUUUCACAUAUACUUUUUGUUCAACAGUUUACUUUUUUUUAUUACAUUUGAAUGUUCAGCUCUUAUUGCUCAUUCGCUGUCUCGUUUUUAUUCCAGGAAGUUCCCUCUGAAGCAGGGAGUGUCUGCAUAUAAAAUGGUCUGCAGUUCUCUGCUUCAUAGAUGCCACCACCGUCUCCUCUUCUAUGACCAUGGGAGGCCCUCGCAGUGCUUUUCCCACCUCUUCCAGCUCCAUCGUACACUCCACUACUUCAGCCACCGACCAGACCUCUGCUCACACCGGCAUCGCCGCUCCAGACGAAGGUGGAAGUAGCAGAGAGGUGGCGGAGAUGCUUGGCGCCGAGGGAGGGACUGGCAACAGUGGGAGUGCUGGUGGCGGAAGGGCUGGCGGCGAGAAAGGAGGAGGGGCCGGAUCCCUAGGUGGAGGAGGAAGGGGGGGGGCAUCCCAGGAGGCCCAGCAGCACCACCAGAUGACCCCCUCCAAACGGCGCACGGUGCUGAACAUCUCGCCUCCGCCCGAGGACCUGUUUGACGACAGCCGCAUGUCCUGCCAGGAGGAUCAGCUCCAGGACUCCGAGCAGAGCAACAGCAUCUGGAUGGAUGACUCCACCUCCAACUUCAGCAUCGUCAGCUCCAGCUCCUACAACGACAACACAGAGGUGCCCCGGAAGUCGCGCAAGCGCACCCCCCGCCAGCGACCCGGGCCCAAGCCUGCCUCGGCCGAGGAGGCCAGCAUGGACGUGUUUGAUGCAGACAGUGCCAAAGGGCCUCACUUUGUGCUCUCACAGCUGGGCUCAGACAGCAAGGCCUGUACCAAAGGAAGUUCUGCAGAUGGCUCCCAAACAACCCAUCAGAAAUGUGGGACCCUAGUGAGCCAGUUCCCUCAGAAGAGUGAGUGCAAGGAGCUGAAGAUCCUGGUCCAGCCUGAGACUCAGCACAGAGCCCGCUACCUGACUGAGGGCAGCAGGGGGUCAGUGAAGGACCGCACUCAGCAGGGCUUCCCUACCCUAAAGCUGGAGGGUGUGAAUGAGGCAGUGGUGCUGCAGGUGUUUGUGGGUAAUGACGCUGGGCGUGUGAAGCCACAUGGGUUCUACCAGGCCUGCAGGGUGACGGGGCGCAACACUACAGCCUGCAAGGAGGUGGACAUCGAGGGCACCACUGUCAUUGAAGUGUCCCUGGACCCCAGCAAUAAUAUGACCCUGGCGGUGGACUGCGUGGGGAUCCUGAAGCUGCGUAACGCUGAUGUGGAAGCUCGUAUCGGGGUGGCCGGCUCCAAAAAGAAGAGCACGCGUGCCAGGCUGGUGUUUCGGGUCAACAUCUCCAGGCCGGACGGCUCGGUGCUCACGUUACAGACACCGUCGUCCCCCAUCCUGUGCACCCAGCCUGCAGGGGUGCCUGAGAUUCUGAAGAAGUCCCUCCACAGUUGCUCGGUGAGGGGGGGUGAGGAGGUCUUCAUCAUUGGGAAGAACUUCCUCAAGGACACCAAAGUCAUAUUCCAGGAAAAUGUAUCAGAUGAGAAGUGUUGGAAGGCAGAGGCUGAAAUUGACAUGGAGCUGUUUCACCAGAAUCACUUGAUUGUGAAGGUUCCUCCUUACCAGAACCCAGCCAUCGCGUCUGCAGUGUGUGUGGGAAUCUACGUGGUGACCAAUGCUGGCCGAUCCCACGACGUGCAGCCUUUUACAUACACUCCAGAACCAGUGGACAUAUCUGUGAAGAAAGAAGUUCCAUCUCCAGGCAAGCCCUGCCCUUUUGAUCAACGGAUGAAAGUAAUUGAUGGUGCCUUGAUGCCCCCAAUGUUGCCUCUUGUGAAGAGGGAAGAGGUCACUCCAAUGGAGGUCUCCAGCAACCUUCCUUCUGCUGGCGUGUUCAAGCGGACCCCCGAUGCCAUGUGUCCUGCCCAGCAGACGCUGGACAUGAGUUCCAACCUUCCCCCCAACAACAGCCCAUUCUCCAACUCCUUGCCGCGACCUGCCAAGGACCCUGCCGAAUCCCAAACAGCAGUCUUCAACAGUGCAGAGGUCCUGAGCACCAUACAGAAGCAGGACAUCGCUCUCACCAACUCCUUCCCCGUGCCUGCAGACUCUCUACUCCAACCUGGGCCUCAGCAGUUCCUCCUGGAGCCCAGAGAGGGGCUUGGACAGGACAGGGCUGGCAACAAUGCUGGGGCGGUAGGGAGGCUCAGUCAACAAGUGGAGGCCCCUCAACCUGCCCCCCAGCAGCACCAGCUGCCCAUAUUCCCCCCAGAUGAUGUGGCCCAACUGGAACAAGCAGUGAGACAACUGCAGGCAAAAGGGUACUGUAGCCAGCAGCAACAGCGACAACAGAUUCAACAACAACAAAUUCAGCAACAACAGCAGCAACAAAUUCAGCAACAACAGCAACUACAGCAACAGCAACUACAGCAACAACAACAGAUUCAGCAGCAACAGGUUCAGCAGCAACAGGUUCAGCAGCAACAGGUUCAGCAGCAACAGAUUCAGCAGCAACAGAUUCAGCAGCAACAAAUUCAACACCAACAAAUUCAACACCAACAAAUUCAACACCAACAACAGCAACAGCAUGUGUUGGAGAACCUGCGGCAGGAGCUGUUUAAAUCACAGAUGCCAAUGCAGUGUGGCAUAUUUCAGGGUGGUUCUCUAGGUGAGAACGCUGAACAGCAGGGUUCUCAGCAGGGCAUGGUGCAGAACCAUGGUUCCCUCUUUCAGCAGGCCCAACAGCAGCAGAGGCAACAACAGAAACAGCAGCAGCAAGCAGCACUCUUUCAGCAAGCCAAUGAGCUCCUCUCCAUUCAGACCAACUUCCUCCAUCAGACCCCUUCUCAUCCCUCUCCACCCCUCUUCCAUAACCCCAGCCCCCUGGCUGAGGCACAGGACCCACAGGGGGCGCUGUUCCACACUCAGAAGGCCUCUCCCACCCAGGAGCAGGUCCAGGCAACCCUCUUCCAGAACACCCUGACAGUGUUGAGUAGGACCAGCCUCUCCCCAGAGCAGCCCCCCUCUGCCGCCAACCUGUUCCUCCCCCAGAGUGCCCUGCCUGGUCAGCUCUCCGCUAGCGGCAGCCAGCAGCAGCAGCUGGCCUUCCUCAGUGCCCUGCAGACCUCUGCCCCUGAGCCCCAGUCAGUGUUCCAGGCUCAGACCCAGCUUUCUCCUAUCCAGCAGGGGACCCCCAUGGAGCAGCAGCAGCCCUCCCAGCCUCAGCCACCUCAGCAGAACUCUAUGUUUCAGAACAUCUCCCCUCAUCCACCUGCAAACACUCUCUCUCAGACCCAGCAACAGCAGGCUGGCCUAUUGUUCUGCAGCAAACACCUCUCCACUCCAGAGCAGCCCCCCAGUCUGCUGUUCAGUGGCCAGGGCCAGAUGCCCCCCAUGAGCAGCAGCAGCCUGAACUCUCAGGAGCCCCAAAACCCCUCCAUGCUGUUCUCUCAGGCCAGCAUGGUGACUGUUAGCCAGCAGGAAUCCUCUGAGCCCAUGGCCUUCCAGGACCAGAGCCAGGUGGUGGGGAACCCCUCAGAGCCUCGCCAUCACGGCCUGUUCCAAGAGCAGCAGCCCAUGCAACUGAUCACCAGCUCCAACAACGGCCCAGAGCAGCCCAUCUCUCUCUUCAUGCCCCAAUCCAACAUGUCUGCCCUUCAGGGUUGCAUGGCUGCCCGGGAACUCCCGCAGACAGGCAUCUUCAGCACUCAGAAUGGGGUGGCAGGCCUGCAGACCACCACCUCCUCCCCCGUACAGCAGCCAGGGUCUCUGUUCCAGACAGCAGUCAGUGGGAGCCUCAACCAGCCCAACGAGGCCCAGCAGCCAGGCCUCUUCCUCUUUGGGAUUCAGAAUGAGUGUGGCCAGCUGAUAACCUCUCCUGGAACCACUCUGUCUGAUCAGAUCAUUGCCAUCAGUCAGUCUGGUCAGAACCAGAGAGAGAGCGAGGCCCAGAUCCAGUCGCUGCUCAAUCAGUCCAUGUCUGAUUCAGAGAGCAUGCAGAACAGCAUGACCGCCUCCCAGAACAUGGAGAAGAUAGAUGACCUGCUUGUCAGCCUGCAGGAGCAGGGCAACAACCUCACUCGCUCCUACUAGGCCUGCUAUAGGUUUCAGGAGCCCAGAAGACCCCCAGUGUGGACCCCCAUUACAGAUGGCAGAAGACCCCCAGUGUGGACACCCAUUACAGACGGCAGAAGACCCCCGGUGUGGACCCCCAUUACAGAUGGCAGAAGACCCCGGUGUGGACCCCCAUUACAGGUGGCAUAAGAAUGAAAACAAACUCGAUGGUGGGCUCCUGUCCGAACUCCAAGUUACAUGUAAGCCUCAGCGGCCUUUUUCUCCAAGGACAGUCUUCAUGUGUAGAUGCUCCACAGUGGCGCCGAGCAGGGCACCAGUCCUCCACUGCAUCUAAACCUGGACCUCAAAAUAGGACAUAGGUUGUAGUUACCCCACAACUGUCAUUGUAUCUCACAGCUAGUCGCCUCCAGCUCUUAAUGAAACAUGACACUAUGUAAUGUUUGGCUAACUCAUCAGUUCUCAGAGCAGCACUUUACGGUGUGGUUUUAUAAGGAUGGUGGUGGAAGCUUGCACAGCAUUCUGUCUUCUCCAGGACCAGAGUGUGGGCUCACAAUUGUUUAUAACGCAUUGUUGUCCUUUUUAUACGAUAUUAAAAGUAUUUUAGGAAAUAGCAAAAGAAAAUAUACAAUUCAUGAAAAAUAAACCUUUGUAAUAUAUUUUGACUUUAGUUCUUUCAGCACUUUACAAUGCUUUCCUUUUGUGGCCAGUUACUCAUUAAGUUGGCCUAUGCAUUCGCUAGUCAGCUAUUUAGUCAGUACAUCUCGACAACUUUAUUACUCAUGCAUGUGUUUUGAGUUAUGGCUUUAGUUUUUUUAUUGUUCCUUUCAUGAAAUACCAGUUUCUUAUUGGCAGCCAUCUUCCCAUUACCCAUUCAUGAGAAUAACUCCAAAUAUUUGAGUAUUACACCAUGGAUUUCUUUCCCUGAUUAGACUCUGUAGUAUGAGAAAUGCUCUAGAUUAGGGUCAAUGUGGAUCAAGAGAAAAAAAUCAUCCAGCCUUUAAAUUAUUAAUUUCCAGUCUACAUAAUUAAAUAGGCCUACAUUUUGAAUAAAUCAGAACCAUAUAUGUGUACUAUAUACCAGUGUGCAUGGUUGUCUGAUGUAAUUAAAGAGUAUAUUGUUAUUUGUAUCAUUCUAUCGCAAAUGUAGAUAAUGUGUUGUUUUGUAAUGAUGUCUCCAUGGAAGAUGUUUGUAUUAGCUCACGUCUGGCACGCACAAACUGUACUUUUAUCCAUAGAUCAGAGAGGAGUUUUCCGUAUGUUUGUCUUACUGUAAAACAGCAACUCUCUUGCCUACAGUGGGCCACCCCAGGACCUGAGUCAAGGCCUCAAGUCACAGCCUCCUUUUUCGUCUUCAUGAAUGGCCAGUUUUAUGGCUCCUAUUGAUUGGUGUGUUCAUAUUUGUCGUUUGAGACUCGCCAUGUUUUGACAGGAAGAAAGUGGUGAAAGUGACUGGAGCAGUUAUCUGUUUUGCCUUGAGCAUGACUGGAUGUUUGUAGUUGUAUUAUUAGUGUCAGGCGUGAUAUACAGAUGUAUGAUCUUAAUUUGAUCACUCUUUUGUUGCUGAGAAUUUUCCUGCACUGGAAUAAAAACGUUUUUAUUAUUAUUUGUAUUUUAUAAUUUUUGUAUAUAUUUUUGUUGUACUUUUUACCCGAGUUUCAUGGUAUCCAAUUGGUAGUUAGUCUUGUACCAUCGCUGCAACACGACUCUGCCAAGCCGCUCUGCUUCUUGACACACAGCUCGCUUGUGUGUCAAAUUUCGACUUUGAAAUUUCAGACUUGAUUUACCCUAAUGAAAAACGUAUCAACCUCUACAAAAAUUCCAUUAAUUAUAAUCCACAGAAUAAUUCACAUUUCCUUUUGCUGCAGGAUUAUUUUUCUGCUAUAGCAAACUGGCUCAAAUUAAGACCCUACACCUGUACUGCUGCCAAACUGGUUUGUGCUUUUAUUCUUUACAUGUGAGUAUUGGGCUGGAGUGGAGCCAACAGUAAGAUUGUGUCUUGUUUUUGUCUGAAUCUGAGUAUACACAUGAACAAGGGGCUGGUCUCUGAUGACAACAAUAACAGCUUCGUUGAGUGCCUCCAUCUUUCUCUCUUAGUGUUGUAUUUUAUUGUGUGUUCUUAACAUCAUUACCUUUUUUUUCACUUUAAAAACAAGCAGAUUUUUUAAAUGGAGAGUAUUUAAAUUAUUUUUAGUAAUGUGAUUGGUGGGGCCCCAUAUUCCACAUCCCAGAGCUUGAGCUGUGUUCUUUUAGAUAUUUAAAGGGACCCUACUCAUGAAGAAUGAACCGUUAAGUUGCUUUGGAGAAAAGAGCUGUCUGUGAUUGGCCUUCUUCAACUCUUGUGAAAUACUAGUAGCUUUGUUUCCAGUAGUCAUGAGUAUUUGUGAAUUUUUAUCAUAUUUACAAAUAUUUUAUCAUAUCUUUUUUACUGGUGUAGUUCUAAUACAUCUUUUCAGAAAUCAUAUCUAAUUUAUUUGGUAUUUCUUGUUUUAGAUAUUGUUUAAAUUGUGUCCCACAAUCAUAUUUGUGCUACAAAUGACUUGAUGUACAAGUUUGGUUCUGAUUUAACUCCGUAAUUGUAUUAAUAUUAGUUAUGUGGAUUUGGCCCUUCCCCACCUGUUGAAACUGUAGUUGGCUGUGGUCUUGUGUUACAUAUCUGUCCGUGAAGCUUUUCUUCUCCUUGUAGAUGUGAGGACAGGGAUACAACUUUAUGAUUGAGGGAGUUAAAAUGUAACAUGUACACUGAGUCACAUGUACAUUCCUGUACAUUGUUUUCUUCCCUUUGAUAGAUUUCCAUUCAUAUGCCAGGUUGAGAUCAAUUGUACAGUAUGUUUGUCCAAAUCUGAUAGUUUAAAGUCAAACCCUUGUGAUAUCAUCCAUGAAACAUUGAACCUGUACUGUCACAUCUACAACUUAUUUCACCUCUUGAAUAAGGAAAGAGCAGGACGUUAUUGGACAACUAUGCCAGUUAAAAAGCCAUACAGACAGUUAAAACAGCAUCUAUUAAAUAUUUGUUAAUAGGGUUUACAAAAAACUCCAAACGCAGAAUGUGUUUGAUACCUCAACCUGAGCAGGUUGCUAAUCAGGCCACCUUACUCAACAUUGGACCAAUUUCAAUGAUAAAGUACAUUCUUUAUAUAUAGUAUACAUACAAUAUUUUGUUAGCAACAUGUUAAUGUUUUGUGUUAUGAAUACACAAUAAGAUUAUUGUUAUUUUCAAGCAUAAGGAUAUUGAGGAAAGAAAUACCUAUUUUCAAAUGUAACCCAUGAAUAUCCCAUGUAGUAUGAGCUUUGACAAAAUAGGAGGCCUAUUUGUCAAGUAGGCUACAUGUUUUACAUUGAUGACGACAUGAGUCUUUGUAAUUGAGUGGCGCUAUACUUUAUUGUGCCGGUAAAGGUUUAAUUUAUUGAAGACCUAAAAAUUAAUGACUUUUCCUACUCAACCAAUGACUACAGAAAUGCAGGGGUCACCUUGAAAGUUCAUCUAUAUUUUUACCAUAUUUGCACCCAGACUAACCAAUGAUUUGUGACAUCACAGUGUACAGCAAAUAUAUUUUAGAAGUAUUGCUCAGUACAUUGGAUGAUAUACUUGUGCCUUGACAAACUUUUAUAGUAGAGACCAGAUUUCUUGUACCAGUGUUGCCUGAUUUAUUCACCGCUGUGACACUAUUGUCAGUGGUUAUUAGCCCUUGAUAACUAGUAUCUUGCAAGCCAUACGACUUGUGUGCUUCAAAUGCCGUACAGAAAUGAGUGACCAGAUAAAUGUAUAGUGUUGUGCAAUUUGUUGUGCAUCUGAUUUAUUUUCACGAAAAUAUGAAUUGCAUUUGUUUAACGUCGUUGCAAUUUAAGUUUUGUCUCAAACUGCUAUGCAGCUUGAUUCAAUAUAAAUGUAUAUCUGUUACUUUUUUAAUAUAUAUUUUAUCUAUCUAGCCUCUCUUGAUUGUUCAUUGCAAAGGGGAAACUAUAACGAAAUAUUGUAAUUAUGUGAAUUAUUUAUGUAACUUUUUGAAAUAGUAUUGAUACUGUGUGCCACCGGGAUUUGUUGUUAUGAUUGGGCUUGUGUCAGUCAAGACCAACACAAAUUUCACCUAAUUCAAACAAACUUGUCAUUCAGAAUUUUCAUCAUGGGUGUUUUGUUUUUAUUGUAAAUGUCAUCCGUUAGUCUGUUCACACACUGUUCUGUUUGUGUCCCCUUAACCUGUCUGGCUUUGGUUUGAUGUGAAAGUCUGCUUUGUUUCCAUGAGGUUUUUUUUCUGGUGAUCAGUAAUGAACCUGUUGAUAGCAUUGACAGGUUAUAGGUAUGGGGAGUGCAUAUCACCUAUGUGUUUUUAGCUACCGUGUGAACAACUGUUAAAUAUUACCUUGCAAAAAAUGAAUCUAUAUAAAAAUGUAUUUUUGCUUUUGUUGGGGCAUUUGUAUACUCUUGCAAUUAUAUUUAUGUAAACCUGCUGGUAUCUAUAUUAAUAAAGAUAGAUGAUACGUU